GAGGACACUCUGCUGCUGCAGCCUCUGAGAGGUUUGUCUCCGGUUUGAGGACAACUGGACGGAAAUGUCCGGCCCGGUCAAACCUCUGACCUCCUUCCUCAUAGAGGACAUCUUGUCCCCGGAGGACAGCACAGGUUCUAACGACAAACGGUGUUCACACAAGAGGGAAAGACGCACCCAGUGGGAGGAAGGAGCCCAGAAGUCGUCAGAGCAACGCUGCCGUCAGGGGACGGCGUCCAGGGAUCAGACGGCGUGUCUGAGUCUGGAUCCGUCCCAGAGUCUGGACCCGUCCCUGGGUCUGGACCCGUCCCUGGGUCUGGACCCGUCCCUGGAUCUGGACCCAUCCCUGGGUCUGGACCCGUCCCUGGAUCAGGACCCGUCCCUGGGUCUGGACCCGUCCCUGGAUCUGGACCCGUCCCUAGGUCUGGGCCCGUCCCUGGUUCUGGACCCAUCCCUGGGUCUGGGCCCGUCCCUGGGUCUGAACCCGUCCCUGGGUCUGGACCCGUCCCUGGGUCUGGACCCGUCCCUGGGUCUGGGCCCGUCCCUGGAUCAGGACCCGUCCCGCUCCGACUCCUCCUCGGAGUCCGGCUGCUUCUCGUCCUCUGCGGGGAAGCAGAAGCGCUCCAGAGCUGCGUUCACACACCUGCAGGUGCUGGAACUGGAGAAGAAGUUCAACCACCAGAAGUACCUGUCGGCCCCGGAGAGGGCUCACCUGGCCGGCACCUUAAGACUAACCGAGACGCAGGUGAAGAUCUGGUUCCAGAACCGCAGGUACAAGACCAAACGGAAGCAGCAAACGUCCCGGUUCUGCAGGGACGUGUGCAAAGCAGAGGGACUGGGGGACGAGCUGCUCCGAUCGUCCCUGAUCUCGUCCUUCUGCAAAGCCUACCAGUACAGACCCUUCCUGUGGGACUACAGGGGCCCCUGGGGGCCCACGGCGCUAUGGUGACCGGGAAAUGAUCUCUCCUGAGCUAUCAUUACAUGAAGUUAUGAAAAGUAACGUAAAGUACUGCAUUGGGGGGGG